GUCGGAAAGCAUCUGGAUUAGAGUGGGGAUGUUUGAGGAGGGCGACAGAUGAGGAUGCUUGAGAGCUGAGAGAUUGACUCUUUGAGAAUCCGAGGAUGACUUCACUCGCAUCCAUAGAUCCGUCGGUGUAUCAACCGGCCCAGCUGCUGAAUUGGGUAUAUCUAACUCUUGCUGACCAGCCACAGUCCGGUGACCAGACCAAAUAUGGAAUUCCACCAGUAUUUAAUGGAUUAACCAGCUCUAACAACUAUGGAAAUUACACGAAUGGAGGAUUCAACAGUCCCGUUGGAACAAUAAAUGAGUUAACCGACCUUUUUAACGACCUUAGUUUUGAUUGCAAACCUACAAAAAGACCUCCUCCGAGUUACCUUUGCCACCUGUGCUUCAAGAAGGGACAUUACAUCAAAGAUUGUCCUCAGGACUGUCUGUUGUGUGCGCAGGCGAGACCGAAGGGCGAAGGACUUACACCAUACCAAGGCAAGAAGAGAUGUUUUGGGGAGUACAAAUGUCCCAAGUGCAAAAGGAAGUGGAUGAGUGGGAACAGCUGGGCCAACAUGGGACAAGAAUGCAUCAAGUGUCACAUUAAUGUGUAUCCACACAAGCAGAGACCUUUAGAGAAGCCUGACGGUCUCGAUGUUUCUGAUCAGAGCAAAGAGCAUCCUCAACACCUGUGUGAAAAGUGCAAAACCGUCGGAUACUAUUGUCGAAGAGUACAGUAAUUUUCAGUAAUUUAUGUGCUUAGAUUAGUCUUUUAUCCUUUACUAACUUUUUUUAAACAUAACAUUGUGUUAAGAUUUUUAAGAAACAUACGAAUCAUGGAAAGUAAUAUGGGAUGGUGUAUUUAUCACAUUUGCUUAUACUAUAACUAACAGUUACAAAUAUCAAACAAGUAUUACUUAAAUAAAAAUUUCAUUUGCUUCUAAAAUAAACCAAGAGCCAGACGCGAACACAUCAGUCAAGUCUUGAAUAAUUGAAUAUUAAAAAAAAAUUAUAAUUUUGACGAGUAUUAUUUUUUCAGGAAAACUGUUGUGCAAUUAUGUUGUAAUAGGAACGUCUUUGGACACUCACGUCUGGCAAGUCUUGAAAAUGGGUGCCUGUUUUUGAGCGCUAGAAACAUGUCGACUGUUAUUUCCAGUAUAUAUUUGAAGUAAAUGAAGUUUCUAAUCAAGUAAUAUCCUACCGCUUUAGUUUAUUGGGAUUAUUUAUUUAAUUACAAAUAAGUAUAUAUCUAAACAAUAAAAUAAUAUAUAAGUAAUACGAAAUUUCUUUUAAGAAAUAACCUUUUAACGACUAUGUUUUUAACAUCCUUUAUUUUAUGCUUUUACCAGAGUACUGAAAUUGUUUCAGGAAAUUCAGUAUAUUAACACAAGUACUUUUACUUAAUAAUAAAUUUAUUACCAAAUAUUUAAAAUGAAGGUAACUUUUAACAGAACAAAAAGUACAAAUACAAAUAUUGUAUAUAUUAUUCUAAUAAACUGAAUACUUAUCAGAUUUUGCUGAAUACUUAUUAGAUUUUUAAUACUUGGAACAUUUUUUUGUAACAAAUGAAAGUCAUGUUUCUUCAAAAAAUGUACAAACGCGAAUGUACCUAUAUUUCUCCUUAAUUUAGCUAACUUGAUAAUAAGUACUUAACUUCAUUUUAUGCUUUAGGCGGUAAAAAUGGAUAUUAAAGUUUGGUUCUAAGAAAAUAAUUUCAGUAAAUUAAGUACUUACUAGUAAAAUUCGUCCUUUAAAAUAACUUAGCAUAAGUAUUCUGAAAGAAUGCUUUUAAAUAAUACAAUAAGAAAAGUACAUAAAAUUAAAAAUGAAGUUUUAAUUUUAAAUCUUAGCUUAAUUUCUAACAUAUUUUCAAUUAUUUCUUAAUUACAUUUCUUAAAAACCAACUUGCUAUCUAUAUUUUUUUACUUUUUACGACAAAUACUAUAUUAAAUACUAUUAUAUUCAUUUUUGUAUUUUUUAAGCAAAAUUUUAAAAGAUUUCACAUUACGCUGUCACAUUUAAUAGACAUUAAGAAUAGAAUUUUAUUAAAUAAAUUGACAUCUUUAAGCAUUGCAACGGCAAAAAGUAUUAUUUUGUAUCACAUAUCAACAAAAUAUUCAAAGUGAAUAUUUUUUGGAAUAUAUAUUGAUGUAAUUACUGAUUUAGCUAGAUAUGUUAUAAAAUCAUAAUGAUGCCUGAUAUUUCAAGAAUAUAUUUAUGUAUGGUAUAUAUACAAAUAUAUAAAGAAUAAGUCAUUUUAUUGUAUAAAUUCUAUUUUUAAAAAAGAAUUUAAAGGUUUUCGAUAAGAUGUAUUGAUAUAGCUACUGUAUUUCUUAUAUUGUAUAUGGCAUAAAUAAUAUCUAUUUAUUAUGUAUAUGGAUGCCAUUUAGAAAAUCUUAAAAUUGUUAACAUUUGUGUAUUUUUAUAAGUACUUUUUAUUAAUAGAGGAAAAUUAUUUGUUAUAAACUGUUUUCAAGCUUAGAUUUCAUAUUGACUUAAUUGUUAUUGACCAAUAUAAACCAAGAUCAAUACUAGAUAUUGAUUUGCUUCUUUGAAACAUUCACAUAGAUUUUUUAUCAACCAGUCUUUUUUAUCUAUUUAAUUUUCGUUGUGUGGUAAACUUUGAGUUUUCGGUUACAUAAUGCUUUCAAAACCUUUUAAUAUAGGUAAAUUGAUUUUUUUAGUUUUUGUGUGUAGGUAGUAUGUUUAUUCUGGUGUGGAGAUUUAUAAUUUCGAGUUUGUAUGUGAAUUCCUUUACUAUGUUAUUUAUAUUUUGAAUUUAUAAUUUUAUUUUACAAUAAGCAAGAAAUAUUUAUUAUUUAAAAAGUUUCUUUUGUAUAUAUUGGAGAUCCAACAAUUUAUUGAAGAAUAAAUUUGUAUAGUUGGAAAUUUUUACAUGAAAAAAAUGAAAGUUGACGAUGUUGAUUAUUGGAAAGAUUAUGACUGAUUUCGUAAGUUGCAAUCAAUAUUAUUGUUUAUUUUAUAGUUUUAUUAUCUGAAAUUUGUUGUUUGUCAGUUUGUUGUUUGUUCAAUUAUAAUGACUUAUAUAAAUAAACUCAGAGGCAAAGGACUUAAUUAA